AAAUUUCUGAGUUGCCAGCCCAAUCAGACAAUGAUGCAGAAGCAAACUCCAAGGACAGAAAUGCAGAGAACCAUAGCAUUACCCCACAGGGGGGAGGCAGCAGCAAACAUCAGUCGCAGUCUGCAGGAGACACAUCACCUGGGCAUGCUCAAGGCAGUGAAGACAAGAGCAUCAACGACCAGGACGUACAAAUACACAGCGUAGGUCUUAAAAAUGGACUACCACCACUCCAGAGCGACUCAUUCGUUCGUUUGAAAUCAGACACCGGUGUUGUACUCGAUAGAGAUUUCUACAAUAUUCCAGAAGGAGGAUUGCCUGACCGUCAUUCCAGUGUUGGUUUCAACUACCUGGACAUUCCUGAAGGAGGUGAACAUACCCCAGAAUUUGAACAUGCUGUCCAGUGGGGGCUGCCUUCUGAGAAAAAAGUGGUUCAGCAGCAGUCUGGUAGCGAGGCCUUGUGUGAGAAAGUUGUGUGUGAAAACAACGGCACCUGUGCUGUG